CGUCUCUCUCCUCCGCAGAAACUGGCAGGUCGUUGCCGUCCUGCCCCAGCCUGUCCUCCUGUCCUCCUUGUCCCGCAGUCUGAACUCCAGUAGUUCUCCUCGUGUAUGUGUGUCGCUGCAGGCUAGACUUAUGGCCUCGCCGUUGAGGUUCGACGGGCGGGUGGUACUGGUCACCGGCGCGGGAGGAGGAUUGGGCCGAGCCUAUGCCCUGGCUUUUGCAGAAAGAGGUGCAUCAGUUGUUGUGAAUGAUCUAGGAGGGGACUUCAUGGGAGUUGGUAAAGGCUCCUUAGCUGCUGAUAAGGUUGUUGAAGAAAUAAGAAGGAAAGGCGGAAGAGCAGUGGCCAACUAUGAUUCAGUGGAAGCAGGAGAGAAGGUUGUGAAGACAGCACUGGAUGCUUUUGGAAGAAUAGAUGUUGUGAUCAACAAUGCUGGAAUUUUGAGGGACCGUUCCUUUGGUAGAAUAAGUGAUGAAGACUGGGAUAUCAUCCAGAGAGUUCAUUUGCGGGGCUCAUUCCUGGUGACCCGGGCAGCGUGGGAUCACAUGAAGAAACAGAAAUUUGGAAGGAUCAUCAUGACUUCAUCGGCUUCAGGAAUAUAUGGCAACUUUGGCCAGGCAAAUUAUUGUGCUGCAAAGCUGGGUCUUCUGGGCCUUUCAAAUUGUCUUGCAGUUGAAGGCGAGAAAAGCAACAUUCAUUGUAACACUAUUGCCCCUACUGCUGGAUCACGGUUGACCCAGAACAUUUUGCCUGAUGAUCUUCUGGAAGCUCUGAAGCCAGAUUACGUGGCACCCCUGGUCCUUUGGCUUUGCCAUGAGAGUUGUGAGGAAAAUGGUGGCUUGUUUGAGGUUGGAGCAGGAUGGAUUGGAAAAUUACGAUGGGAGCGGACCCUUGGAGCCAUUGUAAGACAGAGGACUCAGCCAAUGACUCCUGAGGCGGUGAAGGCUAACUGGACGAAGAUCUGUGACUUUGAUAAUGCCACCAAGCCUCAGAGAAUUCAAGACUCAAUUGGCGGUAUAAUUGAAGCUCUAAAUAAAAUAGAUUCAGAUGGAGGAGUUUCGGCAAAUCAUACCAGUAAUGUGACAUCAACAGCUACAUCAGGAUUUGCUGGAGCUAUUGGCCAUAAACUUCCUCCAUUUCCUUCUUCUUAUACGGAACUGGACACUAUUAUGUAUGCCCUUGGAGUGGGAGCAUCUAUCAAGGAACCGAAAGAUUUGAAAUUUAUUUAUGAAGGGAGUUCUGAUUUCUCCUGUUUGCCUACCUUCGGAGUUAUUCUAGCUCAGAAAUCUAUAAUGGGUGGAGGAUUAGCAGAGAUUCCUGGGCUCUCAGUCAACUUGGCAAAGGUUCUUCAUGGGGAGCAGUACUUGGAGUUAUAUAAACCACUUCCCAGAGCAGCCUUGAUCCUGCUGGUGUCCUGUUUGGAUUUCCGCCAUCCCUAUUUGGAAGUCAUACAGGGCCAAGGUUUUGAGAGAGUGGGUGGAAGGAUGAUCAUUGUGGACUGGAGCCCACAGUUGUAA